UGGUGGGGCAUUAACGAGGUUAAUGUCCUGAGCAACUCGCCGGUCUCCCAAACACGAUAUUUUCUAACGGUUAACUAUUCUUCUCUCUCUCCACACACACUCAGAGUAGUGAAGAACACAAGAACAUCAUAAGUUCAUGUUGGUUCCUCUCACACAAUGCUAAGUUACAGGUCACUGCAUUUUUGUUUUCUGCUCACGGUUUUCUUGUCCAGUUCCUUUCUGUUGUCGCACCAAGCUUCAGGGCCAGAAAAUGAGGGAAAGGAUGUUGUAGGCUUUUCUAGGUUGUAUGUAUACGAUGCCGCACCACCGUUCGAGAACUCGCCCGUUCCCUUAGCUGCUGAGAGAACACGAAGAAAAGACCCUCUUAAUAGCUUCAACAAGUACAUAUAUGGAUGGAAUAUCAGUGACAACCAUUAUUGGGCUUCUGUGGCAUAUACUGCAGUUCCUAUGUUCAGUAUUGCAGCAGUUUGGUUCUUGGGCUUUGGCUUGUGCUUAAUGACUAUUGGUGUUUGUUACUUCUGUCGUAAAAGAGAGCCUUAUGGUUAUUCACCAACAUGCUAUGCCCUUUCCCUUAUUCUCCUGAUAUUGUUCACAUUUGCAGCAGUGAUUGGAUGUGCAGUUCUCUACAUCGGCCAGGGAAGUUUCCAUCACAGCAUGUCUUCCACAUUGCAGUACGUGGUACAUCAAGCUGAUUCCACUGUGGAUAAGCUUAGGAACGUGUCAGAUUAUCUUGCUCAGGCUAAACAGGUUGGAAUCGAUCGAAUUUUUCUCCCCACAAAUGUUCAAACUGAUAUUGAUGCGGCAGAAACAGAUAUCAAUAACUCUGCUGGCACACUUGCUGACAAGACAAAAGAGAACUCAGACAACAUACAAGAUCUCUUAGACUCUGCGAGGUUGGCGCUGAUCAUAAUAGCUGCUGUUAUGCUAGUCUUGACAUUUCUUGGAUUUUUAUUCUCAAUUUUUGGAAUACAGCUCCUUGUGUAUAUCUUGGUAAUGGCAGGAUGGGUUCUUGUUACUGGUGCCCUUAUAUUAUGUGGUUCGUUCCUUGUUCUCCAUAAUGCAACAGCAGACAGUUGUUUAGCAGUGAAUGAAUGGAUCCAGUAUCCAAUUGCACACACGGCAAUGGACGAUAUUCUGCCAUGUGUGGACAAUGCUACUGCACAAGAAACAUUUUUACGAAGCAAAGAAGUAACUUCUGAACUAGUGAAUUUGGUGAACCAGGUUAUCACCAACGCCUCCAACAUAAACUUCGCUCCCAAUUUCACCCCACUCUACUAUAACCAAUCUGGUCCCCUCUUGCCGCUCCUCUGCAAUCCCUUCCAUCCCGACAUGACUGAUAGACAAUGUGAUACUGGUGAAGUGACCCUAAGCAAUGCAACACAGGUGUACGGCGGUUUCGUGUGCCAGGUUUCACCAUCUGAGAUAUGCAUGACGCAGGGGCGUUUGACCCCCACCUUCUACAACCAAGUCUCCGCCGGAAUAAACGUGGCCAACGCUUUGUAUAAUGAUGCCCCCUCUUUGGUUGAGCUACAAGAUUGCACCUUUGUUCGGGAAACUCUAAGCGUUAUAUCUACGGAUCAUUGUCCUGGUCUAAGGCGUUACAGUAGAUGGAUCUAUGUUGGAUUGGUAAUGGUCUCUUUUGCUGUCAUGUUCUCUUUGAUCUUCUGGAUCGUGUAUGGAAGAGAGCGUAGACAUCGUCUGCAUAGAAAAGAGUUAAAGGACUUGACUCCUACACGUGCACCACCACCAGGACAAGCACUAGCAUUAGCCCAAAUCCCUGAAGGAGACAAGUAUAAUUAACAAACUAGUUGAUAAUGAUGUUGCUCUUCCAUUGGUAGUUGGUGGAUGAACAUGUUUGAACUGUGUUUAGCUUUUUCCGGUGUUGGGUGUAUAAUGUUGUAGCUUCUUUGUAUGACACGCUAGCUUUUUAAUCAAAUGUCAUUAUUUUACGUGGCAU